AUGGUGAAAUGUUGCUCGGCCAUUGGAUGUGCUUCUCGCUGUUUACCAAAUUCCAAGUUAAAAGGAUUGACGUUUCACGUGUUCCCCACAGAUGAACACAUGAAAAGAAAAUGGGUUUUAGCAAUGAAAAGACUUGAUGUGAAUACUGCAGGUAUUUGGGAGCCUAAAAAAGGAGAUGUGUUGUGUUCAAGACACUUUAAAAAGGCAGAUUUUGAUAGAAGUGCUCCAAAUAUAAAACUCAAACCUGGAGUCAUACCUUCUGUCUUUGAUUCCCCAUCUCAUUUGAAGGGGAAAAGAGAAAAGCUUCAUUAUCGAAAAAACUUUAUUCUCAAAGCACUUCCAGUCACAGACCACAGUCACCAGCUUGUUGGAGCUUCCUCAUGUACUGAAGAAUUUCAAUCCCAUUUUAUUUUUGAGCAUAGCUACAGUGUAAUGGACAGUCCAAAGAAGCUUAAGCAUAAAUUAGAUCAUGUGAUCAGCGAGCUAGAAGAUGCCAAGGAAACUCUGCGGAAUGUAUUAGACCGAGAAAAACAAUUGCAACAAUCACUGAAAAAGACAAUCAGGGAAUUAAAGGAAGAAGGUCUCAUCAGCCAAGAAACAGCAAAUAGACUGGAAGCUUUCUGUUGGGAGUGUUGUCAGGAGGACAUAGAAGAAGAGACUUUAUUUCAUGAAAUAAUCGCAUCUGCCUAA